AUGGAGAUUGAAAUUAAAGUAAAGAAUGGAUUUCAAACAAGCAGACAAAGAAAUUUAUUAGUAAUAAUUUCUUAGAUUUUGAUAUUAACUUAAAAAUAAUCUACAAUUUUAAUGAGUUCUUCUUAUAAUACUUAAGAAAGUUAAAUUAAAUGGUCGAAAUUGGAUAUAGACACAUUUCUACCCAAGCCUAUCAAUCAGGACGAAUUAGAAGUAUUACAAAUUCUCAUUAAUUUAUCAAUAAUUUGA